AAAAACUAUGAAACUAUAUAAAAGUUGGUUUUUGCCAGCAACAUGUACCAUCAUCUUAGUUGUAACAACUUAUGCAACAUCCACAGAGGCAGCUAAACAAAAACAAGCGGAAGUGAAUUUACAACAAGUUGCUGCUGCUCCUUCAAGAUCAUUAAAAUAUGGUGAUAAGACAACUAAAAAAAUACCAAAUGAGGAAAUGCUUUUUCUCCCCACCGCUCCUACCUUAGACAAAAAUAAAAACAAUGUCAAUGAAGCCUUGCAAACGGGAAAUAAACACGUUUCCCCAAAUCGGCCACGUUCCAGAGUAGAACGUAUAGAAUUGCCAACAAAUCGAGUAAAUGCACAAAUUCCCAGACGUUAUGAUAGUGGUGGUGGAUCUCAACAAAAUCAAUUGGUUGUGCAACAUGAUAUACCAAUCGUCCACAAAAGUCGUGAAUUAUUUAAUAAGCCAAUAACCCCAACAGUGGGUCAACAACGAAAUGCAAUUUCAAAUCGAUCACGUUCUUCAAAUACUCUCACACAAACUCAACAACAACAACUGCAGCAGCUGCAACCCACACAAUAUUCCAAUUUAAAUAAUCAAACCAACACAAAUAUUGCCAAAAUAAAAACCACAACAGCAACACACAAUAAUAGACGUCAACGUAAGCCAACAACAACGACAACAACUUCACGUACUAUACCACCGUCUAUAAAUAAUAACCAGCCCCCUUUAUCAUCACGUAAUGCAAAUGUUCAUACUCAUCAUUCAACGACCAACUCAACUAUUGUGAGUCAUCAUCGUGGCAACCAAAACAACAACAAAAACAAUAACAUUAUUAGUAGUAAGUCACAACCAUUGUUGUUAGCUUCUACCAAUGAUGUUGCUACUACUAGUGGACUACAAACAAAAACUGAAACUAGUUCAAAUAGAAAAAGAGGUAAUGUAACAGAGAAUCAAAGUGUCAGUAGUAAUAUUACGAGUAAUCGUUUACAUAUUCGAAAGUUUACAUCAACAUCAACUGCAUCAACAACAAUCACUGUCAUCUCACCACCAUCUACAUCAACAACUACAUCACGGCCACCAUUUCAAUUGCCCAACAACUUUAAUAUAUUCACACCGGAAUUUUGGCAAUUUUUAAAUCCCAACUCUAGUCCCGCGCCUAAAAUUCAAGCAACAACCACAUCGACUACAACUAAGAAACCGCCCAAAAAAUAUAAACCUCCAGCUCAAGUAACAACCAAGGAGGAGAAACUAAGUCUGGUUAAACCAAAACAAACUAUUCCAUCUAGAACCACCACCAAACAACCAGAAUUCAUUAAUAAAGAACACACAAAUAAUAAUAAUAAUAAUCCGAAAAAGGAUGAUGGACCUUUUCGCAUAGCUUUGCCCACAUUUAAUAUAUUAAGUUCAAAGCGUGAAACAACUGAUGAUGAUGGUGAAAAAGGUAAAAGAAAUGUGGACAAGGAGAGUAAUUUAAGGGAACGUUUCGAUUGCCCACGUGAGAGUGAGGUACGAUUUCAACUAUUUCCAAAAAUUUGCAAAAUAGAUGAGGACUGUAAGGUAUGGAAUCGAGAGGAGAUAUGUUGUGAAAUUUUUGGGGCAAAAAGUUGUGUAUCGGGUAUACCGAAACCUUUGGAGGAAACCUCACAUGCACCUAUAUUGGGAGUUAUAGCUCGCAAAUGUCCUAGCAGACCUUUAGCCGAAUUGUGGUGGGAAGUUAAGGAAUGUGAAAACGAUAUGGAUUGUUGGCCGCGUGUUUGCUGUCCCGAUGGCCGAAGACGUUAUUGUCGCACUUCCCAGCCCGAAUUGAAUACGGUACCAGUACCAGUGCAAAGAUCAUUUAAUUAUUUAUCAGAGUAUUUGGAAUGUACAGCCCCUCCACCGCCCAUCUUUGAUUUACAUCCAAAAGCCUGUACUUCUACUUUGGAUUGUUUUCCCAAUGUCUGCUGCCAGGAAGCGGGUCUACGCCAUUGUCGGCCACCCAAGAAAUCAGUUUUGACCAUGUUGGCCAAUGUUUUUAAUGUGGAUUUUGUUAAACGUCUUACACAAAAUAUUGUCAUUAAGUGAAGUGUAUGUAAUGAUUUGUAAACCUAGUUGAAAAUAAUUUUUUGUAUGGAAAUCACCAUAUAUUUUUUUACAAGUCAAUUUUCUUGAUGAU